UACCGUUUCACAAAAGCAUCGUAAAUUAGGUACUACUUAACGAGUUACGACACACUUAAGUACUACGUACGCACUUAGUUAAGACCGUUUCACGAAAGGUACUUAGUUCCGACGUAACUUUCUCGUAUUUACGUCUGUCUUAAAUUACCGGAAGUUGAUUUCAAUAUGGCAGACGAACUCGUAAAUAAAAUUAAAAAGGAGAGGAAAAAGAAUUUUUCUGCCAAGGAGAUUGAAAUUUUGGUGGAAGAAGUUGAGAAGAAUCGAGCGAUCUUGUUUGCCUCUCACAAAGAUGUCAACACAAAUCAAAAGAAAAACAAAUGUUGGAAGGACAUUUGUUCCUUAAUCAACAGUGUCUCUGUCCAGGAGAGGUCGCCUGCUGAAAUAUGCAAGAAGUGGAGGGAUUUGUCUUCACACACCAAGAAAAAGGAGGCGGAGUUUCGGCGAGAUAGGUCCAAGACGGGAGGUGGACCAGCCCCCACCCCAGUCAACACAAGUGAUCUCAGUCAGAAGGUUGUCGCAAUAAUAGGAAAAACUUCCAUUGAAGGGAUUUACGGUGGUUUUGACACUGACCUGGAAAAUUUGGACGUAUAUUUAUUCAAAGUUGAAGACGUAUGGCUGUCAACACCAAGCACAAUCACUUCAGAGAAAGCCGCUGUCCCCUUCCCAAUGCUGUCUCAGUCUCCUGGGCCAUCCCAGGCUAGCUGCGAGAAGGAAGAAACAUCGCGUGGGGGAGAAGCAGAAAUGAAAAUAAAGGCAUCAGGGAAGAAUAAACUGAAAAGGAAGCGAAAUGUGGAUGAUGUUCACGAGUUACAGUGCCAGGUGCUCGAGCAGGAACGUCAGAAGAACAAGUUACAAAUUGAACUUCUGAAAAAGCUGAAUGAAAAACUGGGAAAAGGCAGCGAUUCUGUGACUGAAUUAUUUGCAUUAUUUACAUAAAAUAGAUAUUAAAUCGUUAUGCAUUAAAUACAAAAAAAUCAAUUUACUUAUCUUUCUUUCGUUCUCUCUCAAGAAAAUGAAAAUAGUCUGUCACAUAGAAGAUGUGCAAGUUGUAAACAUC